CCAAUAUCUCGUGGAAUGAGUUGUACUGGAAAACGAACGGCAUCACUCGCAAAUAUGCCGCAUCAGGAAGGUAUCUAGCAUGGUCCGCAAGUCCAAGACAGCAUGCCACACCUGUCGACGGCGUCGGCUGCGGUGCGACGAGGCCAAGCCCCACUGCCAAAGAUGCGCGGCCGAGGGCGUUGAAUGUCUGGGGUACGGGAAGAUGAUCCUCUGGGUGGAUGGGGUUGCUAGUCGGGGUAAAUUGAUGGGAAAGACAUUUAACACGACAUCCCUCAGUCCAAAGGGCAGUCCGGUCGCGUCUCCACCAUCUUCAAACGCACACACCAGCAAUCAGCUGUCAACCUCUCACCAUGGCCAUGAUAGCCGAGUCGUGGCGUCUCAAACUCCGCCUGCACUUUAUAGCUCUCUUCUAGAUCCAUGGCUUCAGCAAAUGGACUACAAUACACGGCACUACUUGGCACACUUCCUGACGAAUGUCGGAAACGACCUCAUCGUCCAUAACCUGCCAUCUCACAAGCCGAACCCUCUCAGGGUUUUGCUCGAAUUCUCCCAGCAGAGCUCCGCACUCUUCAACAUUAUUAUUGCCAUGUCCGCCCACCAUCAACACAAUCUUCUCCUUGGCACACCGGGUGCCCAAACUCAUCAGAUCCAUGGCUUGCGCUGUAAAGGGCGCGCUUUGCACCUGCUGAGCCACGAAAUCACCCACAUAAACCCCUCAAACUACACAACGUUACUUGCCUCAUCCAUGUUGCUCUCAGAAAUGGCAUUGCUUGAGUUAGGGGAUGAUACGUGGCGAAUCCAUGUUGGAGCCGCUGCGAGGCUGGUGCGAGGCAUAACCAUGUCCUGCCCUUCUAUUGUGCCUGAUGGGAUGGGCGUAGAGGCGUACGCAUUUUGUUCUUGGAUGAUUUCAAGACUUGUCCUACAGGAUAUGUUCGGUUCAUCUCUAUCAUCCACCACAGCAAACUGUGAUCUGCAGGGAGUUUGGGGACCAGGCCAAGGAAUUGACAGGGUGCUCAGGAUCGCAGAACUCGACCAUUACUCGUCUUGUCCAGCACAAAUCUCGCAGUUGAUCCUAGCCGCCUCCUCGGUACACAAUACCCCACCAGGGCCCCCCGUUUUCUGUGACCGUGACAACCCGACGACGUGCAUAUUCUCGUCCAUCCAACAAUUCGACCCCGCCGAAUGGGCACUCGCUCUCCAACCGCACACACCAACAGAUGACUUUACAGAGAGGUAUCAUAUCGCGUCAGCUUACAAGGCUGCUGCUGCGCUCUAUGUCGCCCAAAUUAUACCGGACGAGCAAAUGUGUGACCAUCGGAACAGGGAACCACAAUAUCUCGUACAUGACAUCCUGCAUCACAUAUCCCAGAUCUCACAAACCAACCCAUUGUUCAAGUCGAGCAUCUGGCCAAUCUGCAUCGCCGGUGCGGAGACUACCGAUGUGCACCAUCGUGCGACUGUACUAUCACACCUAAGGACCCUUUCAAUUGCCAUUCCAUGGCAGUCCACAUAUGUUGCUGAGCAAGGCCUGAAGGCAUUUUGGGAACGGAUUGACGCACUACCUCAGCACGAACCGCAUCGGGCACGCAGGUGGCUUGAUGAGUUUCGGUCGAUGGGGGUUUCUAUUUAUCCUGCUUGAGCGCCUAUGCAUUUCGCGUCAGUUCCACAAAGCAUGGGGGUAUGGUAGCUAUGGCGCAGGAUUCCCGGGCGUCAAUAUGAUGAUUGGUACACUGGUAUUGAUUGGCCAUCGUGGCUGUGAUCUAAUCAUGUACCGUAGGCUACCUAAAUAUCGCACGUAGCCUAAACUGUGCCACAACGACCAAUAACAAUGAGACCCUCAGGGUGCCCAGUAACAUUACCCAGCUUGCCCAGGCCCAGAACAGCCUGGGUAAUGCUAUCAGGCUCACCAAAGACCACGUGCUACCUAUUAAGCCAGGGGGCCGGGACAGUCUGCCUGGCCUCAUGUCUUACCCCGCACCUCCUCUAGCUUAUGGAAUUGACGCCGGACCCCUAUGAUACAUGCUUUUGGUGGGGAUUCUGCAGUGCGGCACUUUCUGGCUAGACGUAGUUUCGCAAGCAAGCCAAGUGACUUACAUCGCCCCUAGUGAAGUCACCAUCCUGGAGCAUAAACCCGGGGUCGAUACGGUGAAACGUCGAGCCCGCGUAGCCGUAGCCGGGUUGGCUCAUGGCGAGCUCGCGGAAGUUGCGCGCGAUCUUGGGGACGACAUCAUCGCACUGAUUGCAAGCAACUAGCAGCUCUACUACGGAUGGGCGCCACCAUCGCCAUCACUCUGCGCCCCUUACUCCGGUCGUCCGACACGGGAACAAUUUCCAAAGCGGCUCCAUCACCACCAUCUGCCGAAGGUCCGGACGAUCGAGCGCCAGCUUGAGGGUCAUAUAGGCGACAAGCCGAUACACGAGGGUACAGAGCACGAGGCCCCCGAGCUCUACGUCCGCGUUCUUGUCCAAGCGGUACAACGCGAGAACCUGCGCACCUGUCGUCAACGGGCAACUAUCUCCAUUGGAACACGUGAAGGAGAUCUGGUGGCCAUGGUCACUGUCUCCAAAGGCGUGUGGAGCAAGUGUGCCGACGGCGUACUUGAAGGGGGAGAGGUAGCUGAUGGCCUGCAAGGCGGGUGCUGUCAUUUCGGCGUUCAUGAUGCCGCCUAGGUGCAGGGAGGUCGCGAGCAGCACGGAGCACAGGCUGAGUGCGAAGCCCGUAUGCGUUGCGAACAGGGUGCAGAAUAUGAUGCCCAUUGACUCGCCGCAGCUCGUGAGGCAGAGCGCGCUGGCAAUGCACGUGAGGAACAUUGGGAAGGUUCUGCCGAGACCUGCGGCCAACGAGGUAAGGGCCCCGAAUACCGUGGCGGUGAUGAUCUCGAAGGGGAGCUCUAGUAUUGUGUAGUGUAAGAGAAAGGCUGUCACCGAGGCACAAUUGUCGAAGACUUCGUUGGAGAACAGGUCGCGUUGGGUUGGGAAUAUCGCGACACACUGGAGCAAUCCUGAUUUUUUAUGUGUUAGCCUUUUCAAAAGCCAGCGAACGGGCAAUGCCACCAACCUGCAAAUAGAAGAUUAGAGAAUUGCUGUAUGAAUCCCAGCCGUGUUUGUAUAGCUGCAUAGUCGGUCUGCAAGGGCGCAUAAAAUAAGACCAUAAGUAAGGCGGCUCCUACCACCUGGACUAGACGACAAACAGUCCAGUCUGGGUAACGCCGAAACAUGAGAA